UUCUUCAUUCAAUUACCUACCUACCAAACUUGUUUGAAACAGAAACUUGCAGAGUUCCAAAAAUUUGCUCUCAACUCUCUCUCUCUCUCUCUCUCUCUCUCAUAUUGCUUUGUUUCAUACAUUCCUUCCUGGGCUCUUUCACAACAAAGACGAGUAGACAUGGAUGUGGUGGGGAUCUUUAUCUCUCCAUUGCUUCAAGCUGUGAUUGACAAGUUGUUGUCCCCUGAUUUAAUCAACUUGGCGCGUCGUGAGGGUGUCAACACUUCCAUCAAGAAGCUGAAGAAGUCAUUUGAAGAUAUAAACGAUGUUCUUGCUGAUGCAGAGGAGAAGCAGAUAUCCGACAGGGCUGUCAAUAAGUGGCUGAAAGAGCUCCAGCAUUUGGCUUAUGAUGCGGACGAUGUGCUGGACGAGUUUGCCACUGAAGCUCUACAAAAGAAGCUGAUCAGGGCAGAGACUGAUGCUGAUGUUGAUGUUGGUGAGGCCAGCACAUGUAGGAAGGUACGACGAUUCCUCCUUUCUACUUGUUGCACUGGUUUCACUCCAAGUACGAUUUCAUUCAAUUUCGCAAUUGAGUCCAAGUUGAGGGAGAUCAAUGUUCAGUUACAAGAUGUUACUACAAGAAUUAAGGAACUUGGUUUGGUCAAAAAGGCUAUUGGGGGGAUGAAGUCUACAAAUGUGUGGCAGAGACCAGAAACUACAUAUUUGGUGAAAGAGCCUUGUGUUUAUGGCAGAGAAGAAAAGAAAAAAGAGAUUAUCGAAUUGCUUCUCAGAGAUGCAGCAACUCAAAACAAAGUCGAUGUCAUUCCCAUCGUGGGAAUGGGUGGGGUUGGCAAGACUACUCUAGCUCAACUCAUUUGCGAUGAUAAUGGUGUCAAAAACCAUUUCGAUCUGAAAGCGUGGGUUUGUGUAUCUGACGAGUUUGACGUUAAGAGAAUAACAAAGGCAAUUUUGGAUGAAUUCACUCUUGAUUCAUGCAAUUUGACAGAGUUAAAUGCCCUUCAACGUAAACUUGAGGAGACAGUGACAGGAAAAAAGUUUUUGCUUGUCCUAGAUGAUGUGUGGAAACAUAGAGAUGAAGAGUGGAGUUCACUACAAUCUCCGUUUCGAGCUGCAGCACAUGGAAGUAAAAUCAUUGUGACAACGCGAAUCACGACUGUUGCACGACAGGUGGGUACAAUUGAACACCACGAUUUGAAAGAGUUAUCACCUGAUGAUUGCUGGUCAAUCUUUGCCCAACAUGCAUUCAAGAAUAUAAAUAUUAGUGAACAUCCAGAAUUGGAAUCAAUUGGUAGGCAAAUUGUUGCUAAGUGCGGAGGCUUGCCACUGGCAGCAAGGUCCCUCGGUGGCUUAUUACAAUGUAACCAAAAUGAGCAUGAAUGGAAAAUGGUACUAACUAGCAAUAUAUGGGAUCAACCAUACGAGGAAAGCCACAUUCUCCCAUCACUAAAAUUGAGCUAUCAUCAUCUCCCUUCCCAUUUGAAGAGGUGCUUUGGUUAUUGUGCAAUUGUCCCAAAGGAUUACGAAUUUGGGAAGGAUGAAUUAGUCUUGUUAUGGAUGGCAGAAGGUUUAAUUGAACACCCAAAAGGUGGAGAACAAAUAGAAGAUGUAGGACGCAGGUAUUUUCACGAAUUGGUGUCUAGGUCAUUUUUCCAAUUGUCAAGGCAUAAUAAAUUGCUAUUCAUAAUGCAUGACCUCAUCAAUGAUUUGGCUCAAGCAGUUGCAGGGGACAUCUGUUUUAGGUUGGAGAAUAAUUUAGAGGGUGGCAAGCAGAACAAGAUUUCAGAUAAAGCUCGACAUUCAUCUUAUGUUGGUAGUGAAUAUGAAGGAAUCAGAAAAUUCAAAGCUUUCGAUGAUGCCAGAUGCUUACGAACCUUCUUAAGGUUUUCGCCGAGUGCAUUCAACUGUACAACAAGGUACUUGUUUCAUGAUUUGUUGCCAGUGUUAAAGUGCUUACGUGAGUUGCGUUUGUGUUGUUCUGGGAUAGAUGAACUACCAGAUUCCAUUGGAGAUCUAAAGCAUCUACGGUACCUUGAUGUAUCCCAUUCUCAAAUUAGGAAGUUACCCGAUUCGGUGGUAACUCUCUACAAUUUACAAGUCUUGUUUUUGAAAUUUUGUGUUCAACUUCAGAAGUUGCCUCUAAACAUGGGGAGGCUAGUGAACUUGCGCCAUUUUGACAUGACUGGCGUGCAUAUUCCAUCAUCAGAAGAGAUGUCACUACAUAUAGGUAAAUUAAUUAAUCUCCAAACAUUGUCAAAUUUUAUGGUGGGUAAAGAUUGUGGGCGUCAAAUAGGAGAGUUGAAAAACCUAUCACACAUUCGAGGGGCAAUAUACAUAUCAAGAAUGGAGAAUGUCAAUGGUGUUAAGGAUGCAGUGGAUGCCAAUUUAAUGUCUAAGGAGGAGUUAAAAGAGUUAUCACUAGAAUGGGAUGAAUCUCGUAGUUCACAGAAUGACAUAGUUGAGAGGGAUGUGCUUGACGUGAUGAGACCUUUCAAAUUGUUGGAACGACUCACCAUAAGUGGGUAUGGCAGUACAAAAUUUCCAAACUGGGUUGGAGAUGUUUCAUUCUCUAAAAUGGUGUUCAUGCGAUUAAAAGGUAGUAAAUAUUCCACAUCUUUGCCACCACUUGGACAACUACCCUUGCUUAAAGACCUUUCCAUUGAAGGAAUGAGUGCAAUAAAGCGCCUGGGUUAUGAGUUUUAUGGGCAGCAGCAUAGUGCCAAACCUUUCCCCUUUCUAGAGAGACUGAGCUUUGUAGAUAUGCCAGAAUGGGAGGAUUGGUCUGCUUUUGAAAAUGAGGGAGUUCAGCCGUUCGGUCAUCUCAGUGAGCUUUCCAUCAUAAAUUGUCCCAAACUUGUUGGAAGAUUACCAAAUGAUCUUCCUUGUCUCAAUUCUCUCAAAAUUGAUGGUUGUCCGCAGUUGUUGAUUGAUGUUUCGAGCCUCAUACAACCAUCACUUGUAUCCUUGUCAAUGAAUAAUGUUAUGCUCCCAAGCCUUCCAGCACUCUUAGGGACGAAGAACACAAUUGAACUUGGUUCCCUCACCUUAGAUAUUAGCCAUGUUACAGUUCUGGACUCCCUCUGCAAUCCAAGCACAACUGAUGAAGAGUUACUGGCUAAUAAAAUGUCUACGCAUUUGGCUUCAAUAACUGCUUUGAGCAUUUCUAAUGUUGAAAAACUGGCGUUCCUACCGACAUGGUUUACUCGAGAUUUGAUGGGACUUGAGGAAUUAAACAUUUGUAACUGCCAAGAACUCAUAACAUUGUGGCGGAAUAAGGUGAGAAUACAAGUAUGUCUCCCUUCCCUCUGCCAUUUGCAGAUUUCUAAUUGCCCUAAACUGGUUUGCUUGUUUGAAAAAGAGCAAGAAAAAGGAGGAGAAGGUUCAAAAAAGCAGCAACAUGAGGGGCUGCCUUGCAUGACAAGACUUGAGGUGCUUAGAAUCUAUUGGUGUGGAAUGCUGAAGAAACUGCCACAAGAUCUGCACACAUACACAUCUCUUGGGGUGCUUAGUAUCUAUAAUUGUGCAAGUCUCAUCUCUUUUCCAAUGAAGGGUUUGCCAUCUAUGCUGAGAGAACUUAUGGUUUCAACGUGUGAUGCUUUGCAGUCCCUACCCGAGUUGAUGACACUCAAUAAUCUGCAAGAGUUGCAGGUUUCUAAAUGUGCAUCACUCACAUAUUUAUUGUCAAGAGGUGGGCUACCAUCCACACUAAAACAACUUCAGAUUGACUCGUGUGAAAAUCUGGAGUCACUUUUUGCAGAGGAAGGGAUCAAAUUUGAUCGUCCAUCUCUUGAAACUAUUCAUAUCGUAUUUUGUGGGAGUCUAAAAUCCUUACCUGAAGCCAAUAAUCUCAGGAAUCUCAGUAAAUUGUGGAUAUAUGAUUGUUAUAAUCUGGAGCCCCUGCAACUUGUUGGUCGUGAUGAGAACAACAACAUCACUUCACUUCAAAGUUUGUAUUUCCUGAAUUGCAGCUUAGGAAUGGUCUCCUACUUUGUCAAGGAAGGAAGUUUCCCCACCAACAUCACUUUACUUCGAAUCGGGAAUUUGAAAGUGGACGACGUCGGUCAACUUCCACUUCCGCCUCCAUCUCCAUUAGAGUGGGGUUUGCACAAACUCUCUUAUCUUACAACACUCCAACUUCGAGGCAGAGGUUGGCCGUGGGGAGAUACGGUGUCCUUUCCAGAAGAAGGGAUGUUCCUGCCCACCUCUCUCAUCAAUUUGUUCAUCGACAGCUUCCCAAAUCUGGAAAGACUCUCUUAUGAAGAGUUUCAAAACCUCACCUCUCUCCAAACACUUGAAAUCUGGAGUUGCCCUAGGCUCGCGUCCUUUCCAAAGGAAGGGUUGUCGCCCUCUCUUUUGUAUCUACGGAUCGAUUCCUGCCCUGAGCUUGCGACCUUUCCAGAACAAGGCUUCCCUCCCUCGCUUUUGUCACUGUGCAUCGGGCGAUGUAAUCCAAUACUAAAACAGAAAUGUGAAAAGGGGAAAGAAUAUUGGCCCAUCAUCCAAUACAUUCCUGAAGUAUGUAUAUUUUAAGCAGCCACCUGCAAGGUGCUAAUGGAAAAAUUUCCCUAUUCGUUAUUACUGCCACUAGCAAUCUUUACACAUUUCUACAAGGAUAUCCAGGCCAGCUUGCGCGCAUCUCGACGAAUCUCUAGGGGACCACUCCCAUUGUCCACUAGCAUGGGGCCCAAUUAAAGCUAGAGCAAAGCUCCAUAUGGACUAGCCCAACACAAGAGUUGAUAGCACCUAAGAGGUUUUGAACCUGAGACCUAGAGAAGAGCAAACUCUUAAGUCCCAAGCCUACACCACUAGGCCAACCCUUGGGGGUGUUCUCUAAUUCAUCAUUGUCACCAACUCACGCAAAAAUAUUUUUUUUCCAGGCUCUUUAUUCGAGCUACACGGUGCCUUUUCUCCUGAUCUUUCAUUUUUCCUAUACUGUUGCUUUAAUUCCAGGGCUUUGUUGCUGUGGAAACAAACUUUAGGAUGUAUGCACGCUCAUCAUCUAAACUGCACCAAGAGUUUUUGUGCCUCUUCUGAAGGUAGCUGUUGAGGAUGCUUGAGGCUCUGCACAACAAUAUGGUUUGUCAUGAGAAAACUUAAAAAAAAUAGUAGUGCAGGCAGAAAUACCCAUGCACACCUGACAAUUUCCUCGUCAUCAAAGGCAAUAGAUUCUAUAUGCAAUCUACAAGAAAUGUCUGGUGUGUGAUGAUUUGGAAUGUGUGACGGAUUCCAUGUUGACGCUAAAGUUUGCUCCCUUAUUGAUGAAAGCAUUGGAGUCAGGAAUGGAAUGAAGCUCUCAUCACAUGGUGCUUUUUGGAUUUUGAAGCUGAGUUGAUAUGUAAAAUCCCUUUUUUCCCAAGGCUUGGUAAUGACAUACUGGUUUGGCACUCUACUAAAAAUGGAGUUCUUUUUUUUUUUUUUGUUAAUCAGCAUAUUAUUGGGAGAUGGAUUUGCAAAGAAGAGAAACAUGGGUCAGUUCUUCAAAUGGUAAGCAGUAGCUCGUAGCCACCUAAAAAGGAAUGAGUUUUGAAUGGGCAUUUUGGUAGAAGAUUUAGCAGCUGAAAGUUUUGAAUAAAGUCAAAAUGUUUGGAUGGAAAAUCUGUUCGAGUAUUCUUCAUGUUCAAUAAAACUUGAGUACGUGCAAAGUAAUUCAAUUUGAUGACUGCUAACUUGUACAUUAGUGGCAAAUUAGAGCUGUUUUUGGUGGUUUGAGUAAGCUUACAAUGUGAUUGACAAUGUUAGCAUUGUAGUCAUUCACUUCCACACCCAACAGAAUUUGUGGAUCAAUGCAAUUCUUGGCCCUUUUUAAGUCUCUUGACACAUCUUCAUUUGUAGCUCUGCUUAGGUAGUUGAUUUAUUAGAAUUUAACUUUCUUCUAGUCUUUGCCAUAGGGGCCUGAGUGUUCACAUGGUAUUCACUUUUCAAGAGCAUUCUUGAGAGACAGUAUGUUUUGUUACUUGCUCAUAUAAAUAAUGUAGAAGCACAAUUACCUGAACAAAGUUCUGAUCCUGUAUUCAAUUUAGUUGAUGUUCUGAGGCAAAAUGCUAGUUUGGCACUUGGAACAUAAUACCUACCUGCCCC